UUCCCCUCUAGCUUGUAACUUUAAUAACAUUGUGAAUGUUUUUGUUGUUGUUAUCGUUUUGCGUCUGUUCAUGGCGAAAGCCAGGCCAGCAAGAACCAUAGAUUCCUAUACGAUUAAAGGAACAAACAAAGUCAUACGAGUCGGGGAUUGCGUGCUUUUGCGACCCUCGGACUCUUCGAAGCUACCUUAUGUGGCUAAGGUGGAGAAUAUCGAAUUGGAUAGUAGAGGCCAUGUGAGGGUUAAUGUUCGCUGGUAUUAUCGGCCCGAGGAAUCGAUCGGAGGCCGCAGACAGUUCCAUGGUGCCAAGGAAGUCUUCCUUUCAGAUCACUGUGAUGUGCAGAGCGGCGACGCCAUUGAGGGAAAGUGUACCGUCCACAGCUUCAAGAGCUACACUAAGCUUGAUGCUGUUGGUAACGAAGAUUUCUUCUGCCGCUUCGAGUAUAACUCCAUCACUGGAGCUUUCAAUCCUGAUAGAGUUGUUGUAUACUGCAAGUGUGAAAUGCCUUACAAUCCUGAUGACCUGAUGGUUCAGUGUGAGGGCUGCUCUGAUUGGUUCCAUCCCCAUUGUAUAGAUAUCAGUCCAGAGGAAGCGAAAAGAAUUGAACACUUCUUCUGUCAAAGUUGCUCCUCUGAAGAUCAUCAGAAGCUGAGCAGCUCUCACAAUGCUUCAAGACACCCAGAGACAAAGGUGGAUACCAAACGCCGAAGGAGGUGAUAGGUUUAGCUUUUACAUGCACAUGCAGCAAGAUAGAGAUAUUCUGAAGUACUCUUGGCUUCUCUCUUGGAGGCUUUAGGCAACAGAAAUGUACAGAAACAUGUCAUUAGCAGAAUGUUAUGGGAAUAAGGCUGGUUUACAUAUUGUCAUAUCUUAAUUUGGUCCAGGAGGCAUGUAAAGCAGCACAUUUAUCCAUGAAAGGUCAAAAAGGUAUUUGUUGGUCUGUAAAUAGGAAUUGUGUCUUUCCUGUUUUCUGGAUUCCUGUUUUGUUCCUUCUUAAGGUCUUCUAUGUAUCAUCCCAACCCAUAAGAUGCAAGA